GUUUUCUGCGUGGGUGGCGCUGACGUCGACGCUUUCUGUGCAGCGGUGACGUCAUUGGUGUCAGUGGCUGUUGUCUGCGGCGGCGGUGGCGGCGGCGAGGCUGGAGUCUAGAGUCUGGGGUCGUGUGUGAGAGACGGAGAGAAGAGAGACCGAAGGGGAGAAAAGAAGAAGAAGAAGAAGAAGAGGCGGAUUUCGGAGCUCUCCGUUGAUAGAUCGCCGUCACGUUGUGGGGAAAAAAAAAACCGCGCUGGACGCCGAGGAGCGAAAGGCGAGGAGGUGACUUUUGAAGACAAAUUGUUACAGAAAGCCAAUCUUUAUCAAUGAUGUCAGAAAACGGUGCGAUGAAAUGCACACGGGAGACUUCUACAAGCCUGUGCUGAUUUUUUUGGGAAGAAGCUUUAUUAUUUAAGCGUGGUUGGUGGGGAAAAAAACACGCAUUACCUGGAAAGUUUUUUUUAUGAGUAGCAAUGACAAGUAUACAAGGAGCUUUGAGAGUGGAGGUUGGUGUAACCUUGGUUGAAAGGAUGAAGAAAGAACCCUUGAGUGAAGAAGUAAUGGGAGAGAGAAUUUUCAGCAAAGCAGGAAAAGAACUGAAUGGUGCAAAGUCAGAGGAGAUACUCAAAGCAUCAGGAAUAAAACAGGAAGGUGGAGAGGAGUUUCGAGUGACAGAAGGAAUACACACAGACGUGUCCAAAAGAUGUCUCAUAUCAGAUGUUUGUCCAUUAGAUCUUAAGCCUGGCCUCAAACAUACAUUAGCACAAUUCCACCUCAGUAGCCAGAGCUCCCUUGGUGGGCCAGCAGCUUUCUCAGCCCGCUGUCCACAAGACUGCAUGUCACCAGGGGGAUUUGCGCCGAUGACAUCGCCUCCUGUAUUGCCUGGACCUUUGCUGAUACCCUCUGACAGUUCAACUGAUCUUACUCACACUUCUCUGGAGGGGGAGACUAUCUCCUGCUUUGUGGUUGGUGGUGAGAAGAGGCUUUGCUUGCCACAGGUGUUAAACUCAGUGCUUCGAGAUUUCUCCCUACAACAAAUUAACACAGUCUGUGAUGAACUGUAUAUUUAUUGCUCGAGGUGUACAGCAGAGCAACUCCAAAUUCUCAAGGUCUUGGGCAUUUUGCCUUUCAAUGCCCCAUCUUGUGGACUUAUAACACAAACUGAUGCUCAAAGAUUGUGUAAUGCUCUGAUUCAUCCUGGCAUUCUUCUUUCCGAUGCCAAUAAGCUCUCUGGCAAAACAUGCCUUGCUCAACUACAGGAGACUGUUUCCAGUUUUGAAGUGGAACACCGAUGUCUUGGAAAAUGCCAUGGACUAUUUGUACCACAGUUUUACAACCAUCCUGAAGCAGCCUGCGUUCAGUGUCUGGACUGCCACAUGUUGUUUUCUCCCCAGAAGUUUGUACUGCAUUCACAUAGAUCUCCAGACAAGAGAACAUGUCACUGGGGCUUUGACUCAGCCAAAUGGCGCUGCUAUGUGCAGCUAGGCCGUAAAUACUCAGAAACACCCGAGGAGAAAUUCCUGCAGGAUCUUCUAGAAGAUAUAAAAGAGAAAUUCAGCUUUAAUAAUCAACGUAAAAGGACACUAGCAAAGUCUGUCUCUGAAGAAUUUCAGCCGAAGAAAACACGAUUGGUACAUUCGGACUCCCAGGAUGAGAUGUUGGAGAAGAGCUGUGAUAGAAAAUCUGACUCCCAACAUAGUCUGACAUUCCAUCACUGGUACCCAACUAUUAAACAGGAAGUGGAUCAUCUGACUCCGCAACAUGCUUCAGUUAUCCAUCCAAGCUGUCUGCUGUACAUGUACGAUAAGGUUAUAGCUCCAAAUGUCUCAUUGGCUCCACCUUUACAACGAUGUAGAGAUGCUACCAGGACAGUGGAUAAAGAAUCCAUGAUGGGCACAAACACUGUGCUGGAAGAGGAGGUGAAACAUCGGAGGGAAAAUGUGAAUAAGAAAUUGAUUUCCUGUGCUGUGUUGUCUCCAAAGGAGCAGAGAAAUAUCCUAAACAUAAACUCCUAUAAUCCAGGCGUCCAAGCCCCACAAUGUACUGUAAAUUUGGAAGAAUGCAUAAAAUCUGAAUAUGCUGAAUAUACUGGAGAGAAAGAUAUGCAAAAUGUUGCCAUGGAAUUGAGCAAUAAUCUGUCAAGUACCGAGAGGGAAGCCAGGAAUUCACAUCAGCUGAGUUGUGAAGAAGAGAAUGAAAAAAUAGUGGAACAAAUCAUGAAAACCUACUGUAAACAGCAGGAGAAGCUGAAUACCACACUUCAGCAGAAAAAACAUCUUCAAAUGGAGGUAGAAUUAUUACAAGUAACAAAGAGCAUGAAACUGAAAGAACUGACUGAGGAGAAAUUUGGGUUACAGCAGGAGCUGAAGUCUCUGCAGUCUGAGCAUGCUCAGAAAAUGAAUGAAGUCCAAGAUGAACAAGUGGAGCUAGAGUUUCGACUGGAACAACUGAAGCAAGGCUGCAUGUGUGACCAUACAUUGGGGAGGAGCCAAGAGGCUGAGUACACUGCACAGUUGGCUGAGUUAAGACAAAGGCUAGAUCGAGCUGAGGCAGAUCGCAGAGAACUUCAAGAAGAAUUGAGAUGUGAGCGUGAAGCAAGGGAAAAAUUGGAAGCCAUGGUGAAAGAACUAAAGCUUCAGAUUUUAGAAACGUCGGAAAAUAAAGGUGGAUUGGAGGUGAACGCUAUAUUGGAAUGACAACAAAGUUUGUUCCAAGUCACCUGGCGUUUGUUGUGAAGUACAUAUGACAUUGCUAUAAUAGGAAGAUUAACAGGACUUGGAUUCAUAUCUGCAAGAAUGCAGUGCAAUGGAGAACAGUUGAGUUGGACAUUGUGGAAUUAUUUGCAACUAAUCCAUUUUAAAGCAAAAAGUAGAAAUCUAGCUACAACUUAUUGAAUUUUGUUUAUUACAAUGUAUAUAUUAUAUAUCUUCAAUACAAUGGCAUAGCAUGGGAAAAAUGUUAUUUGGUAAUGACUUUUGCGCAGUUAUAUGCAUGUAAUGCCAGGCAAACAUAAUCUGUUUUCUUUUUCCUUUCCGUUGCUUUAAGGACGACUUUUGUUGCAAACAUCAGGAAUGAUGGUCUUAUUAGGUAUCUCGAAGAAACCAAUUUACUCUAAGUUGCACCCAAAUGUGCACAAAAUUUACGUUGUACUGUAUAAUAGGUCAAGUAGCCUUAAAGGUCAUGCCUGGAUUUAUGCAUAUUCCUAGUAAUGUUCUACGCCUCGUUUCUGACCUCUGCUGUUUUCCUUACAAAGAGUAGGAUUAUAGCUUUGGCUUUGGGUUCUAAAGAAUUAGAGCUAGCACGGGAUGAUAUGUAAUAUAUCAGAGAAAAUAUAUUCACACUGUUAGAAAUGUUGUAGUUCCAAAGCACAAGUUUUAAGGCACAAUUAUGAUCCUCAAACAUUAUUUUCUGUCAAAUAAUUUGACAAUGCCUCAAAUUUUGACAUAAACACUUAAUUACGUUUUGUCCAAGUUCUGAUUAAACCAUAUAAAAUGUAAAGAUUGUUCUUGCAAUCUUAACUGAGCAUAAACAACAUUGUAUUCUCCAAAUGCCCUCUGUCAUAAAUUAUUUUAAACAAAUCUUUGAUUUGCAAUUCAGCCCCAACUUUGACGUAAUCAAUGUGCUGACAACAAAAACCAAAACAUGCAACUAGAUUGCUUGUAAUUGGCACAUUUAAUCUGCUGCUGUUAUGGGUGCACUGGCCUUUCUCUGGCAGUACAACCUUGUCUUUCAGGACAUUCAUGUAAAUUUAAUGAGAUAUGUACAUGCAGAAAAGGGGGCAUUUAUUUGUAAAACUUCAUAACACGAGAGCUUUGUGUUAGUUACAUACCUGCCACUUCCACUGGUGCCUGUACCUUCUGCUGCUACUAUGACACAGAUCUGGAGGCUCUCUGGUUCUGUCGCCACUCAGACCCAGUAUUAUAUCACACAUGAAUACUGUGCAUACAGGGGGCAGGCUUGAUGAAACUUAAAUAGUUUUUAUUUAAAUUUCUUUUGAUUUGAUUUCCAUUUUUAUAUUUAUAUAUUAAGUUGAUCACAAUAGCUCUAGCAGCCCUGCAGCAGUGAAGGAUGUGAGAUCUAUCAAUUCAAGUUAUAAAGCCACUAUACAUGUGCUUAUGUAGGGCUUGUCAUUUACUCAUACUUCUAGAGCCUAGUUUUGGUGUUUGUUCUGUUACUUCCCAGACUCUGUGUAUAUUUUUUACAAAAUCUCUUGAUGAGAAAGUAAAGAUUAACUUUGCCUGGCAUAAUAAAUACCUCUGACCAUCAGACAUUUUAUGUAACUAUUUCAAACGGUUUCUACAACAUCGCGAACUGCCUUUUGUGUAUAUAGAACCUAUUUAUUCCUUAAAUCAUCUAACACCAGCAUUUCAAGUUAACACUAUCUACUAGCGAAUUAGCUAGUAGCUAUAAAAUCUGCUGUUGUCUUUUUUGGGCAGCUGUAAUGUGUGGCUAAGGACUCUUCAAAUCUGAGAUGUGACUAAAUUUAAAGAUAAAUAGCAGUUUAGAUUAAUAGUAAGGUCAGCAUUUCAGGUAUUUUAUUAGGUUUUAAAUUGAAUUUAAAUUAACAUUAAAUUUAGUUAAUCUUAAAGAUGAGUUACAAACGUGAAGUGCAUAAUGCAGCUUCAGCUAUCCAUCCUCCUACAGUUACCAUAUUUUUUUAAAAAGAAGUAUGAUGCUAUAAAUUGACCUCUUAUUUCUUAUCAAAAGGCCCUUUAAAAGAGAAUAUUUUUCUGGCAAAGUAAGGUAGGAGACAGAGGGUUAAAACCAUUGUACCUAAAGUACAAUAGAUUUCCAAAAGCACAAUACACAUUCACAUUGGUUUGUGGACUGUUUAAGGCACUUGUUCCCCACUCCCCUCUCAUCAGCAGUAUUUGUAUCCUUGCUAGCAACUGUGAUUCAUAAAUCAUUGAAAGGAAUCCUAUCAUGUAUUUCACGUUAUUGUUUUGUAUCAAGGGCUUUAGUUUUUUUUGCUUGAAACAGUUUUAAUUAUUCACUUUAAUUCACCCCAUCACAAAAAUAGAAGUAGGAUCUAAACUCUAUGCAGAUCACAGCCGUACUAAUUUAAAAAUGCUUUAUUACUAUCCACAUUUCAUAGCAUUCCUCCAAGUUUUGAUAUCCUUUUUCAACAGGGUGAGAAGACGCCACAUAUCCAAUUAACACUUCUGUAAGCAUUGUGGAUUUACCUCAAUAAUGUUAAUUCUAUUACAUUUUCAGCAAAUUUUAUGAGUGAGUUCCUCUUAUCUACCUGUGAAUUUCUGUUUGAACGAAUCAUGCUGGAUACCUUCAUUGCAUCUAAUAACAAUAUGAACAUAUGUAGUAAUUGAACACUAAUUAAUCACCUCAAUGUCUUGGUUUAUCAAAUUUGCAUAAUUCUUACAAUUAGAUGCCCUUCUCAGACUUCUCCUUUUAGUUUAGAAAAUGACACAUGAUGACAAACUUAUUGUUGCUUAUAAUGUCCAUCAAUAUGGAUUUGCUACCUCAGUAACUUACCAAGUUGAAUUCAAUUAUUUUGAGUCCAAUUCAAUUAGUUGUACUUUUGCUUUUUUUUAGUUUUGCUUUUAGGUUUUUGUGUUAGGUUAAAAUCGGGUUCAGCAGAAGUCUAUCCAGCAGUCUUCUGUUGCUUGAGUUUGUUGCUUUUUAUUGAUUUAUAUGUUUGGAAGAAUCUCACUAGCUGUAACUUAGUGAAAACCAACAUCGAUUUGUCUUUUACAAAUUGGGGUGUUACAGAUCUCCCAUUAGGACGGAAAUUGAGACAAUUUGCAAAGCAAGUAUGCAUUUUAAAAUAAUAUGAGCAAAUGCAGUGUAAAAAUGUGAACUCUGUUAUACCUACCACUGAUCAGAGAACUAGUGAUUAUGAUAUAAAUUUCAUUGCUCACAAAGUGAAGAAGCAAAUAGUUUUGAGCCAAGGGAACUGAUGCGCAGAUGAUUUUGAUGAUGGUGUGAAAUGCAAGAAUUUUACAGUGAUGUGGUGGAGGAGGGAGGGGAUACAAGCAAAACACUGAAAAUGGUUAUACUUUUUAUUGUUCUCUCAAUUAUGUUUUUCAAAGCUCUACAUUUACCAUUGAGUGGUUAGAGAGAGAACCUUUUUCAAUAGAUGUACUCACUUCACAUCCCAAAUGCUUACAUCACUUGCCAACCUAAAGAUGUGAAUAAGGAUUUCAUAAUUGAAUGUUAUUCAUAUCCAGCUGGAAAACAUUGUAAUACUUUCCUACAAUGAAAUCUCGAUCCUAUCAACCUUCAGUUUCCCUUCUGACCCCCUCUCCAAGCAAUGGUAUUACAUAGAUUCAUCUAUUGAAUGAGAUGGGGGUAGAAAGGAGUAUUACUCCCAUCAUGUAUGCCUUUGUCAUAAUCAAACUUAUCUCAUAUUGUAUAUUUGUCUAGCUUUAGCCCUGCAGUUAAUAUGUGGAUGCACCCAACUCUCAUACUGUACUUAGCUGGGCUUUUAAAUUUCCUCCAUGAAUAUAUUAGCACUGUCAACAUUAUUUCCAUGAAUUCAUUAACAUGCAGAUGGCUAUGGGGGAUUUGAGCUAAUCCUUUAAACCUGUUGUGACACGUUUUACAUCCUAAUUUUCAUUUCACAGCCUUGCUCUUCCUUUUAUUUCAUUUAUUCAUUUUGCACUUAUUUUUUAAAAAUCAUAGAACAUUGUGAAUGUUCAUAAAAUAAUUCCUAAAAGGACAAGUCAUAAAUGUUUCCUUUUUUGGAGUUAGACUAAGUUGCUUUUUAAUAAGUUUACUAUGUAUAUUUUGUUGGGAUAGAAAUAAGCCCUGGUACCCAUUGCCUAAUCCUCACAUGAUAUGGUUUUGUGAUUUUGUUCUGUAUGUUUUAUUUCAGCCCCACAGCUAAUACAAAUAGGAUGUGCUAUUUGAUCUAUCCAACUCAGAGCCCUUGACAAUAAAAUUGUCACGUGGGAAUGAACAGUGUUUCUGUGGCCCUGACAAUGAUAAUUAUUUUAAUUUUCUUAAACUAGGGUUAAUUAUAACUACUAAUUGGACAAACAUUUCAGCAAGAACUACUCUCAUUCUGUAUUAUGCAGGAGUAGGCUAUUCGACUCUGCCACACUCAUGGCAGCUCUUCUGAAUUCCAUUUCUCCACCUUUUCUCUAUGUCUCAACAUCUUUAUUUUCCAAGUUCAUACCUUCUCUCUCAAAAUACAUUAAUUGAUUCUGUUUCUAUGGCCUGUUUCUGGUAUGCCUUAUCACAUCACUUUGUGUGUCAACAUGUAUUCUGGAUAUAUUUUAACCACUUAGCUCUUAAUUUUAAGAUUAUGUCCCCUGAAUUUUUCUGCUAGUUCCUUAUCUAUCAUGUAAAUUCCCUUAAUUAUUUUAAAGACUUAAAUCAUAUCACUUAAUUAUCAUCUUGUAUGCUCAAAUGUCAGUACAUCCUUAAAGUGUGGCGUCCAACAUGAGCACUAUAUUCCAGAUGAGGUCUGAAAGAGAAUGUUACAGGAUGGAAACUGACCAUUUGAACCAAUAUAUCUGUGCCUGGGGGUUUAUAGUACACAUGAGCCUCGACCCCUCCUAAUCCUCUCUCCUAUACCCCCAGUCCCUUCUCCCUCAUAUAUGCAUCAAGUUUCCUCUCAAAUGUGUCAAUUGAAAUCUUCAAGGUGUGUUCCUUGAAAUCAGUUAUUUGUGAUGGGGUGAAUUAAAGCGAAUAAUUAAAACUGUUUCAAGCAAAAAAAACUAAAGCCCUUGAUACAACAAAACAAUAACGUACCAUGAAAUCUCACUACCAUUGGUAAAAUGUUCUGUAUUUGUUUAAACAAAAACUUUAUAUUUUGUUUUUAACAGCCCUGCUAUUUUAAUUAGGGUUUUAUCCUUUAAACUGUCGUCGCCUAUAAAUAGUUGUGUUUAUUCAAAUUCACAAAGGAAAAUGUAUGCAAUAAUCUAGUUCUGAAUUAAAAUAGCUAAACCUUUAGUAGCAUGACAAACAUUUGUAUAUACUAGCCAAGAUUUUAUUCAAUCCAAGUUGGGAUAGUAACUCAUCAGCAUUGCAUUUUAUCUGAAGUGAUUAGAUUUGUGUGGCCAUUUAUCUGUGAUUAAAAUAGUUUGUAUGCUGCAUUCCAUAUAAAUGGCAUGUUUUAAAGCCUUGUUUUAAUGUACAUAUUACUCUUGUUAUUAGUCUACGAUACCUGUUACUCCCAUAAUAUCACAACGUGCAUUCUGGCAAGGCCAAUUAGUUAGCCAGUUAGAGUUGUGCUCUUUGUAAACCUGCAGUUAUGAAAGAGUAGAGUAAAUUUUGAAAUCAACAUCAGCAGAUCUGUUCCAGAUAAGAUUAUUUAAAAUAAAAUUUGUCUGCUUCAUGAAGUGCUAUAAUUCCCUAUGGUUAACUACAGAUUUCUGAAAGGUAUUCCUUAUUGACAUAGAUUUAUUUAGAUUCCUAUCUUCAGUUUUCUGAGUUAAUUGUUGGCAUCAAGAAACCAUAGUAAAGAAAAGAUUACUAAAGCGAUAAUCUAUAUUUUCUUUAAUAUUGUUAUGUAGCAUUUUCACUUACAGAUAUUAAUGCUGAAAUAAUAUAUUUUUAUUGAUUAGUUGUCUGAUUUAAUCAUAAUAUAAUUCUAUCUGUAGUGUAUUAUUGGAAUUCCUACCAUCCAUAGGAUACUUAGAUAUGAAUGAGUUCUAACAUUGUCAUCAGGGGCCCUCAGAACUAUGGUGUACUUAGACAAUAAAUGAUCCCUUUUGCUAUCACUGGAA